UUGCAUAUUGCUCACAUGUCAAUUCUGAUCAUCAUCACUGUUCCUGCUCGGUACUUACGUGGUACUCCCGACUCUGGACUCUCGGUAGUCGCGCGUAGUUGAUCGCAUCGUUCGGAGAGUCUCGUUUCGCUUUAUCGUUUAAGUCGCCGUGAUUUUGCCGCAUGUGCCAACUGUGGUGUUCUUCGACCGAUCCGGACACCGUAUAUACCGAGGCUACUCGUGGAUUUCGAAGCGAUACUCUUCCGCGAAGGUAGAUGCGAAGUUUCUCUGUUCCUCAUUCUCUUCGUCUUCUCACUUGCGCGGCAACUGUCACUGAAUCGGCAGCGUGUCCUUGUCAUCAUCAUAGUAUAAUGCUUCGUGUGAUCCGCGUGUGACGGAAUUGGCGUAUCGUCGAUUCAGCCCCCGCUGCCAACAUGUUUCCCGCGGAUUGUGGCAACUACAAGAUGUAUGGUCCGAAUGAAUUUGGACAGGACUCGCCGAGAUACACGCCACAGGAUACUCUUUACGCAGACUCUCAUUAUAUCGAUGGCAAUAUCGCAGGAACCGGUCCUAGAGAUGCUCGGACAUGUAGCGACGAUGUUCAACCUUCAUACAGUGGAUAUGCACCCCUUCACUUGACGCAGCCACCUUGUCCAAUGCACCCAUCCCACGACCCUAUGAUUUUUCCCAUGGACCAAUCAGUAUCCUGUUAUCGCAAUAAUCCAUCUACAUCCGUCAAUUUGCCGCCACUUUUAACCGGCUCGGCAUCAAACUGGACACCUGAGGCUCCGCUAAUGUCACCGCAUUUUACAGCGAAUCCAAAUUAUGAUGGUAUUCACAUGAGUCCACAUCCUGUGGUAACGCAACGUCAGGAUUCCUAUUCUUGUUUUGCGCCCACGCCCGAUACAAAUGGUUCCAUUAAAAUAAAAAGAUUACCUGUGAUGAAUGCCGAAGAGAGAAUAGAUUUGCCCGAUAGUACUCGCAGUGAGACAAAGCCAUCGAACAACGAAUUUGCAGCGGCAAGUGCAAUUUGGGACGACACGAUUGAUUCGACGUCGCAGAGAAAAAGGACGAAGAGAUCACGCAGAUACACUCACGAAGACUAUGGCAUUCCUGGUACAAAAGCGGUACGCAAGGAAGAACGUCGUCAGAUCAAAAAUGUGUCUGAAAGGAAACGUAUGAAGGAGUUAAAUGAUGCUAUAAAAAAACUUGGCAGUAGAUUAUAUGAUAUAGGUUUUGGCACGACGCAUAUAAAAGACAAAGAUCAAACAAAGCUCGAUAUUGUCAAAAUGAUUGUUGAAAGUGUAAGAACGCUGGAACAACAAGUCAUAAAAUGCCACCCUAACGUCUCGAUAGAAAAGUGGAAACAACUUUGGUUAGAUUUAAGAAAAAAAGAGGAAGCGGUAAAAAAGGAGGAAAGAGCUGAUGAUGGCUCAAAUUUACCAGGCCAUCUUGCAGCGCACAUAGAACAUCCGGAUUCUCAUUUAUAUGGACACUCCCAACCACUCUUCUCCACAUUAUCUAGUCCACAAUCUUUCCUUCAACACAAUCCACCACAACCACAGUAGCAGCAGUUCAGUAGCAGUAUUGUUGCAUCUUUUGUGUUUCGUCUUUGCCUGAAAACUGUCUUUUGCGGUAUAUUUAUCCCCGGAGGA